AUACAGUGUUCAUUUUAUACACUUUGAACUUUCCUGAGGGAAAGUUCAAAACAAACCUUAAAUCUCUGAAAUUAUUCCCAUAAUUUUGUAGCCAUGGAAGCUCCUCCAUCUCCAAGAAAAGCAAUUCCUCCAUUCAACAUUCCAGUUGAUUCUGAUAACAAAGCAACUCAGUUUCAUCCAUUUUCACUAUCUUCUCCCCACAUGCUUGCCUUCCACCUUUCAUGGCUCUCUCUCUUCUCUUGUUUCUUCUCCACCUUCUCCAUCCCUCCACUCAUUCCCAUCAUCCGUGAAGAUCUUAAACUCUCCCAAGCCGACAUUGGCGCCGCCGGCAUCGCCUCCUUCCUGGGCUCCAUCUUCUCCCGCCUCGCCAUGGGACCCGUCUGUGACAUGGUGGGCCCUCGCAUAGCUUCCGUCACGCUCUCUCUCCUCACGGCACCGAUCAUUUUAGCAACCUCUUUAGUCUCUUCACCAAACUCCUUCAUUCUCAUUCGCUUUCUUGUGGGGUUUUCUCUGGCGAACUUUGUAGCCAACCAGUUCUGGAUGAGCUCCAUGUUCUCCGGCUGCGUCGUCGGCCUCGCCAACGGAGUCUCUGCCGGCUGGGCCAACAUGGGCACCGGGCUGGCGCAGUUUGUCAUGCCUCUCAUAUUCACAGCUAUCUCCUACUUCAACGUGCCGUUAUUCACUGCUUGGCGUCUCGCUUUUAUCGUGCCUUCAAUGUUCCAAGUUUUAACGGCCAUAUUAGUCUUAAUUUACGGCCAAGACCUGCCAUCCGGUAACUACAAAGACUUCAAGAAAGCAAGAAAAAACUCUAAAGGAGAAGAUGAUAACUUUCUCUACGUUCUUUUCAACGGGUUGAAGAAUUACAGAGGGUGGAUACUGGCUUUAACGUACGGAUACAGUUUCGGGGUGGAGUUGACGAUUGAUAACAUUAUAGCGCAGUAUUUUUAUGACAGGUUUAAUGUAAAUCUUCAGGUGGCCGGAACGAUUGCGGCGAGUUUUGGGUUGGCCAAUUGGUUUUCGCGGCCGAUGGGCGGGGUGGUGUCGGACACGAUGGGGAGGAAAUUCGGGAUGAGAGGGAGACUGUGGGGGUUGUGGGUGGUGCAGACAGCGGCUGGGUUUCUGUGUGUGUUACUCGGACGAGUUAACUCGCUGUGGAGUUCUAUUGUUGUCCUUUGUGUGUUUUCAGUGUUUGUUCAAGCCGCUUCAGGCCUCACGUUUGGCGUCGUUCCUUUCGUUUCCAAAAGGUCACUGGGGGUGAUAUCGGGGAUGACUGGGAGCGGCGGGACAGUAGGGGCAGUUGUCACCCAGACACUGUUUUUUUCCGGCUCAGAAUAUUCUAAGCAGACGAGCAUUUCACUAAUGGGACUUAUGAUGAUUGUUUGCACUCUCCCCCUAAGCCUCAUCUACUUUCCUCAGUGGGGUGGCAUGUUUUGUGCUCCUUCCUCGGAUCCAGAUUCAGCCGAAUUACAGUACCUCCUGCUCCAGUAGGGAAAGAUUUCAAUGAAACAAAUGUAUUACUCUCAUUUGUACAUUCUUUCAGUAAAAUUCUUUUAACAAAUGUAUUACUUCAUGAAGAUUGCUUAUGAUGUAAACUAGCUUGUGUAGGAGAUGUUUAUUGGUUUUGUUUUUUUUUUUUUUUAAUGAUGUAAACGACGACCAUAAAACGUUGUCGUUUAUUCGGAUAGUUGAGCUUCCGGUUUUACCAUACGACAUCGUUUUGUUCCAGCUGCUGGCAUUGAAUUUUAUCAUCUUGUUAAGAUUGAAUCCUCGGUGGGAUUGAAGAAUACUCAAGAACUCUGGCAGCAAGUAUAUGCCAACUUCUAUGGCUUAGAGUUAUCAUGUUUCAGUGCCCAAAGCUACACUGCCCAAGUUUAUGGUUUUAAUUUGAAUAAAAAUGAGCCCCAACUCAAGUUAAGAUUGACAUUUUAGUGUAUAUAUGAAAUUGUAAUAUAAGUUUGUGAUAAUGUGAGCUUCAAUUGUGAAACUCUUGAUUGGUUGAGUGUUGCUCUGAAGACGGAGGAAGAAAUGCAGAGUAAUAAGAUGCCGUAAAUGGGUAGGAGAAAGAGCAAGAAAAUAAAAUAACUACUACGAUAUGAGUUGUUGGGAGUUUCACUUGAUGCAAAUGGGCAAGAAAUUAAAAGAGGCUUUAUAGGAAGUUGCAGAAGAAGUAUCAUCCUGGCAUUGCAGACCAACAGGUCCUUUCACUUCUCUUGCUUGCUGUUGAAAAGGAAACAACCGCUCAAGCAGAUGCUCAAGUUAAUGCUAGUAAGAAGCUUGAAAGGGAGAGUUUCUCCAGAAUCUGGAAUUUCUUCAAGCAAUUUAUUCAACCAAACAUGUAGAGGAAGAAAUAAAUCUGCAAGCCAGGUAGGAAUGCCGAAGAAAUUGUCAUCCCCAAGAAGCGAAAAGACAUCAAGGGCAGACAUUUAAUGUGGCUAAUAAGGCUAAUGUAUGCAAGUUAUGAAGCAUAUGAAAAAAAUAGUUUGUGCA